GAUCUGCAUAUAAAACAGUCUCAGAUGCAAGUAUUAUGUCUUGUCGGAAACAAUGGCAGAAGGACUGAGAAAAGCAAAAAAGCUAAAUUUCACGGAGGUUGAAGUGGAGACACUUGUGGGAUCGGUAGCAGCUGCAGUCCCCACCCUCCGCGACAUGGAGAGGCUUCUCAUUCCCGGCUUCUUCAAGACCGAGAACCAGACUGAGAUGAACUCUGACAUCAUCACCGCCUUCCUACCCAAAACCAAGCACUCCAACUUCUCCCAACCUAUCAACUUCACCAUCCAGCACAAGAAGAAAUCAGAGGCUGGCUUGGUGACCUGUGUGUACUGGGAAGGGAAAGACCAGACGGCCGUGAAGGUGGAUGCCACCACGGGCGAGGAGGCAGAGGCCAGCCGCUGGUCGGUAAAUGGCUGUUGGGUGGCGUACUCCGAUGAGAACUACACCAUUUGCAGCUGUUCCCACCUCUCCACCUUCGCUCUCAUCCUGCAGAUCGGAGAGCCUCCUCCAGAGGACCCCUUCCUGGAGUGGCUGAACAGAGUGUGUGUGACCAUCGGCCUGUUCUUCUUUGCGCUGGCCAUCGUGACCUUCCUCCUGUGCAGCUGGAAUGCUAAGAUCAACAACACGGCCCGUCUGCACCUCUGCAUCAGCCUCGCCUCCUCCCACUUCCUGAUGCUCUGGAUGGACCGAUACGUUGACAAUAAGGUGGCUUGUAAAGUCAUGGCCGGCGUGCUCCACUUCCUGAUUCUGGCCAGUUUCUCCUGGAUGCUCCUGGAGGCCCUGCAGCUCUUCCUGCUGGUCCGGAGACUUUCCAAGGUCCAGGUCAUCCAGAGGGACGGCCUCUCCACACCAGUGCUGUACCUGAUUGGCUAUGGCGCACCGUUUGUGAUUCUGGGCGUGUCUGCCGCGGUGUUCUCUGAUGGAUAUGGUGCCACAGACUCACAGGUGUGCUGGCUAUCCACAGAACGCAGUUUCAACUGGGCUCUGACAGGGCCUGUGGUCGCUCUCCUUGGUAUGAACUUGGUGCUGUUCUGUGCCACCCUGGUGUGCCUGAGGCCCACCCUGGCCAGCAUGAAGAGUGACGUGUCGCAGUCCAAGGACACCAGGUUGAUCGUGUUCAAGAUACUGGCCCAGUCUGUCAUCCUGGGCUGCACUUGGGUCCUGGGUCUGUACCAGGCCAACCUCUUCUUCCAGGUGCUCUUCAUCCUGCUCAACUCCCAGCAGGGCACCUUCUUCUUCAUUGUGCACUGUCUGCUCAACAAGGAGGUGAGGGGAGAAUACAUCAAAUGGCUGUCCUGCUCAUUCGGGAAAUCUGGAAACGCUGGAACAGCGAAAGACUUUCAUUCCGGUUCAAGCAACAUGGAUGCCACUGAGGAGCAAGAAAAUAAGUGAUGGUGAAAAGAGGAGAAUAAAAAAAGGAAAGCAAUGGAUGUAAAAUUAUGACUUAGAUGAAUGUAUUAAUAACACAUGUAAACACUAAGAAUUACUGUUCCAUGUAUCAUGUGUAGGUCCCUUUUUCGUGGCAAGGGCUUUAUUUGUUUUGUUAUACCCAACCUUUUGGCUAGUAAAUAAGUAAGUAAAAAAAGUGUAAAAUCUCCUUACUUCUGAGUUGGAUAUUGUGAUGUACAAAUACUAUACCUAAGAUCUUACAACUACAUAGCAAUUAAGGGAUAACCCAAAGAUUAUUCAAAUCAAGGUGUUGUUCCCAAGUCCUUCGUCCCAAAUCGACCACAGAGCCAAGAUGCAUCGUUUGAUCCUUCAUUCUCUUGCAAAAUACCCAG